CCUCACCGGAAGCCCAUGGCGGCGGCGGCAGCGGAGGCUGCGAGUUCCCCGCCGCGCCUGCGCAUUGGGCGGCUCGCCUCCGUUCCAGAGCCACUCGCUGAGGGGAGCGGGGAGAAGAAAGGCGAGCGGUUGCGGCGGCGGAGGAGGCGGCGUCAGCGGCGGCGGAAGGGGCCGGCGGGCCAAGAACCACUCUUUUCCGAGGCCUCUCUCCGCGGCCUGUGCGCCGAGGGGGGGGAGUCGUUCUCCGAGGUGCCCGCCAGCGGGGCUCCCUUCAUGGCCGAGGGCGGGAAAGGCGGGUACAGCGAACAUGACGACCGCGUGGCCACCGGCAACAGGCACUAUGCACGGAGGAGAAAGGGCCGUGUCCCCUUCCGAGGAAAAAUGUACAGCGAGAUGGGCUCUCACCAGCGCGGUUGGAACAGUUCUGGGUCCGGUACUCGUAGCUGGCUCGACGACGACGACGGGGAUGUUCUCAUGAGCGAUGCUCACGAAGUGCUCCGAACGCGCUACUCUCCUUACGGGUCACGUCCGCACAGACCAGACCGAGGGAGUCCGAGCCUUAUGAAUGCCACCGUGAGACGAAAUCUGAAUAUUGGGGACCGUGCUCCUCCUCCUCACAAAGGGACAGGAAGCAAGAAGACUUGGUUCAGGAUUACGAUUCCUUACGGAAGAAAAUACGAAAAGAACUGGCUGAUGAAUGCCAUACGCGAAACCUGCAGCGUCCCCUUCCACCCCGUGGAGUUCCACUGCGUGAAUAAUCGGGUUGUGUUCUACGUAGAAGACACUUCUGUGGCCAACGCCCUUAAGCAGAUCUCUCGUAAAAUUUGUUCUCCGGAUGGAUACAAGGUGGCGAUACUCAUAAACACAUGCAACCCGCCGAUAACUGUCCAGCAUGAACUGAAACCAGAAGACAUUGAGCAGCUGAAGCAAUGUAUGAGUAAAAGGUACGAUAGCGCCAAUCAAGCUUUGGAUAUGAAAAAUAUCCACACAGAUCCCGAUCUGAUAGCCCAGAAUAUCGACAUUGUGUUGAACCGCCGAAACUGCAUGUUAGCUGUGCUGCAGAUCAUCAACGACAACAUCCCCGAGCUCCUCUCCCUCAAUCUAAAUGACAACAAGCUCUACCGCCUCGACGACAUGUCUGAGCUAUAUCGGAAAGCUCCCAACCUGAAGAUCCUCAACUUGUCUUGUAACCAGCUGAAGACCGAACACGAGCUGGACAAGCUGAAAGGCUUAAAGCUGGACGAACUGUGGCUGGACAACAACCCCCUGUGCGACGGCUUUCGGGACCGCUCCAUUUAUAUCAGCUCCAUCCGAGAACGGUUCCCAAAGCUGCUGCGGCUGGACGGUCACGAGCUGCCCCCACCGAUCUCCUUUGACGUUGAAGCCCCGACCACUCUGCCUCCGUGCAAGGGCAGUUAUUUCGCCUCCGAAGGCUUGAAAAUGCUGAUCGUUCGCUUUUUACAACAAUACUACACCAUCUACGAUUCUGGAGACCGACAAGGCCUCCUGGAUGCCUAUCACGAGGGGGCGUGCUGUUCGCUGAGUAUCCCAUUCUCCGUGAAUCACCCUUACAGGAACUCUUUGGCUGAAUAUUUCAAAAACAGCCGGAAUGUGAAGCGACUGAAGGAUCCUUCCUUGCGCUUCCGACUCCUCAAACACACUAAGUUGAAUGUCGUGGCUUUCCUCAGCGAAUUGCCCAAGACUCAGCACGACGUGAAUUCCUUCGUGGUGGACGUCUGCGCGCAAACGAAUUCGCUGUUAUGUUUUACCCUGAGCGGAAUCUUUAAGGAAGUCGACAGCCGGUCUCGGGACAUGGUGCGAGCCUUCACCCGGGUCUUCAUUGCCGUACCUGUGGGCCACAGCGGGUUGAGCAUUGUGAACGACCAGAUCUUCAUCCGCAAAGCCAACAACACGGAAAUCCGCAAAGCCUUCAUCAUGCCGGCCCCCACCCCGUCCUCCAGCCCCGUGCCCACUCCUUCCGCCGAGCCCAUGCCCUCUUCGAUCCCCGGACCCAUCCUGACGGUCGAGCAGCAGGAAAUGUUGCAGAAUUUCUCCUUGCAGUCGGGCAUGAACAUGGAGUGGUCUCAGAAGUGCCUCAUGGACAACGAUUGGAACUACGCGAAAGCAGCUCACGCCUACACCCAGCUGAAGGCUGAGCAGAAAAUUCCCGAAGUGGCGUUUAUCCACUGAGCGUCCACAAACGACCAAAGUCGAUCGGAGCAGCGUUUUUAUUGUUCGGAUAACCUGGGGUUUUUUUUUUUUUUUUUUUUUGUAAAUAAAAGUUUUCUCCGUUGUAAAUUAAAAGAGACUCCUGCCCUGCUCCCGAUCGUGGGGGGGAAACGCCGUGCCUCUUAAAAACCUUUUGCCGUUCAGAGGCGGAGGUGGAAAAAACCGUGAGUUGCGCCGUAGUAGAAGACGACGCAGCCCCAUUCCCGGCGCCCGUCGGCAGUUGGAAGAGACUCUGGGAGAAGCCGGCGGCCGAGAAGACAAAUUCAGAAGCCAGAGAGAAAAAGAAAGAAGAAAGAAAGACACAUCCACCUUUCCUUUCUUCCAAUCCCUUUCUGUUCAGAAACAUCAACUUGUUUAGGAAUUACUUUUGGCCAAUUCUUAAACCUAUUUUUCCCACCCACCCCUAAAGCAACCCACUCGAACGUCGGGUUUCAAAUACGCCGAGACGGGUCAGCCGUUCUUAAAACACAAAGGUGAUACUGCCAGAACUCUUUAAACUUUCAAACUAGGAAAAAAUAAAGAGCUUCCCAAACUCUUGUUAUUUUGUUCCCCCCCCCCCCCGCCCCCGGCGUUAAAUUUCCUCAUUGCUAGGUGCGGUUUGUCAGAUCGUAGCGCCUGGUUCUACUUCGAGGUGUUGUUUUCCUUUUAGGCGAGAAAAAGCUUGGAGGGGCCGUUCUUUUCCAGCUAGCUCAACCUUCUAUGUUUUCCUUCCAGUCCUUGGAAACACUCUGCCUAGUAAAGUUAUUAUUAAAAUCUU